CGCUGGUUCUCUGUAUUUUCUCCUCUCUCCCUCAUGCUAUCGCCCCCUCUCUCUCCCAAAUUCCCCUGCCACCUCCCACCCCACCACCACAACCGGCCACCACCAAGCAGCGCCUCCAAUUUUCGCCACCCACCACAAAGGCCGAACGCCAAUCAUCUGGUCGAUCUGUCUCAACCUCGCACCCCUCCAGCCAAAUGUAAACUACCGCACCCCUCCGGCCGGAAUCCGCCCAAGAGAGAGAUAGAUGAUGUCCACCCCUCUAGCCGGAAUCCAUCCAAGAGAGAGAUAGAUGAUGUCCACCCCUCUAGCCGGAAUCCAUCCAAGAGAGAGAUAGAUGAUGUUGGUGGCCCGGAAUCCUCCCAACCACGGCUGGGUACAGGCCUGGGUCACGCUGGGUCACGGCCUGACCCACCGCGGAUUCCGUGGGUCAUGGCCUGACCAUGGAUUCCGGCGUGGCUGGGCAGUGGGAUUUGUUUGAUUUUCUUCUCUUAUGAGGGAUUUUGUUGGGGGAUUUUGUUUUGGUAUGAUUUUCUUCUUUUCUGGGGGAUUUUGUUUUGGUUUGGUUGUAUUCUUCUCCGGCGAAUAUGGGAAGUGGCCGGAUUUGGGGCAGUUGCCGGCGGUUUGUUCCAGUUGAUUUAUAUAUAUAUAUGAAACUGGAUUCUUUUUCUGCAUUCAUGGGUUCUGAAUUGGGGUUCUUUUAUUUUACAUGGUUUCUGUAUUGGGUUUCUUCUAUUUUAUCUGAUUUUCUGGAGUUCUCGAACUCAUCUAUAGUAGUACUCAGCACUCAGCAGGGUCACCUGGUGAUGAGCGAUGGAGUUUCCAUGAAAGAGUGGGAAAGGUUGGAUGAUUGGAUCAAUGUGGCUAUGGAGUUUCCGGCGAUGAAGAAGAAAGGAAUGAUGAGCAAGAAGAAAAGGUUUGGUAAAAAAUCCAGUGUUUUCGAUCCUAUUCCAUAAGCUGGCGGUUUUGGGCAGUGGCCGGCGAGGCUCCAUGGAUUCCGGCGUUCGGCUGCUCCAGACCUCCGGUCGUUUCUGUUGAGUUGGGGCUUUGUUUUUUAGGAAAGAAGUUGAGUUGUGGCUUUGAAUGGGCAAGAGAAAGAGAUGAUGAAAUUUUUUUAAUUAUUGGUUGCUGUAAAAGAUGGCAUUUGCCGCCGUCCGGAUGUAAGGGGCUCUCAUUGGAUGAUGAGAAGUCAUCUUCGUUGGAUUUAAAUCUAUUAUAAAAGAUUUGCCUAGGAGAUGCUCCUAUGCCUUCA